AUUGAUUGACAGUAAAAUGCGAAGUCGUAAAGGGUUGCAUCCAGAUACAGCAACAUAUGGCAGUCCUUACCUUGAGAGGAAAAUACCAUAUUCCAGUCAUAGGUCGCAUUCCAUAAGUAAUGAUCCCUAUCAUACACAGUCAGCUGCUAUGGUCAGAAGUCAUUUUUACUCUCCAGGGAUUAGAUCUUCAGGAAGUACUUACAGUCUACCUGCUAGAUACGAGUCUCCAACUCCCUCACCGACUGACACACCAAACAAGAGGAACCCACUCGCAACAGGGCCAACUAAACUGUCUUUAGAUAGAAUCAUCAAAAGAAGAUGUCAAGUUUAUGUCAUGGCUUGAGAUUGUUUAAUACUUUUAUACUAAGAAACGCUCUUAGUAGUAACAAUGAGUGCCAUUUCAUGCAAGGUUUUUCUCUCUAUUGCACAUGCUUUCAGAACAGUAAGUUGAUGUAUA